AUGAACCGAAAGAAAGGUGAUGAUCCUCCGCCUCCAAAGGCAAAGCUCAACAAAGGGAGAGCCGUCGAUUGCGGGUUUCCUUCUUUGUUUGCACAAACGCAAACACAUUUAUUCAAAAAUACAGCUUUUGGAGCAAAUGAUGAUGACUUUCAAGAAACUUCAUUACUUGGAAAAGACAAGAACAUCCGUACUACUUCGAAAGUUUCUACAAAAGACAUAUCUACUCUUGGCUCUUCAAAUGCUGUUACCAGUGAAAAAAUAUCUAUGACUGCAGUCAAUAAAGAUACUAGCGCUGAAGCUGUAUUACCUGCUCCUAUUCCUUCCAUUAGCUGCACUUUUACUCCCAUCAAGACCUCCAAGAAAUAUAAAGACAAGGCUGAUAAGACUGAAGCACUUAAAAAGAGGAAAGAAGGAAUAAGGCGUCAAAUAAUGAGCAAAAACAACAAGUUGCGUCCUAUGAAUAAGUCAAAAACGAAGCUUUCAAAGCCCAAGAAUACCGUCGUGAAAACUUUUGUAAUUAAUACAUCUUUGGCUAAUAACUGUAGAUAUCCCAAGUUUGUUACAUUGAUCCAAGAAGUAGUUGAUCACAUUACUCAACCUGUAUAUGAUGGACCCAUUUUUGCUAAUCACUAUUUCUUGAAACUUCUUAAAAAUGGUGAAGGGCUACCUGUGAUCACUCAAAAUCUGUUCUAUAAUAUAUUUUCCAUCUUUGCUGGCCAAGGAAAGCAUACCUCUGACAGUAUCAAGAGCUUCAAGGCUUUUUGUGAAUCUACUUCUCUUACGCCAUCUGAGUUGGACAAGUAUGCAAAUAAAAGAUAUGUGAUCAUUAUAUCUUCUAUGACUAAGCAAUAUGAGACACUGGUCCGCAACUACGUAUGUUCUACUUAUGAAAAUCGAGCUAUCAGACAUAUUCUUAAUGUCCUGUCAGAAAAGGCUUCUUACUUCUGUGGCAAUAGCUUAACAGUCAAACAGCGCAAGUCUUUAGCCAAACGUGUUUUUCAACAAAAGAUAAAUCUCAAGUCUGCCUGGCCAUCCAUUGUUAGCCGAGUUGAACGGCAUGAAGCCAUUGUCAAUAACUUUCUUACUUUCUGGUCAACGUACAAUGCUUCCAAUGAUGCUGAUGUCUCAAGUGAAGCUGAUCUGUAUGCCAAACCUCAAUGCUACAUGAAAUGGUUACACUUUAUACAGAAAUCAUUAAGAGAAAGCACAUUGACCGCUAACAAUUCUAACAAGACCUUGGAAAAAACAAGCAAGCUUAGAAAUAUUGAUAAAAAAGAUAUUGAUGCUGUUCAAGCCUUUAUCAAAACAGUACAAGCAAGAAUUCAAGACAAGACCUUCAUGCCUUUUAAGUACAUUGACCCUCGAGGAUUAAGAUACUUUUCUUUACUUCCUUUGUACAAGAUUGAUUCUCAAUCUUUCUGGAAGCUUGCUAAACAACGUGACAAUAAGAUUAAACCGGGCCAAAAGAAUGAUAAUGACUUAAAGUUAUGGUAUUUUAAUGUCUUUGAUUUUUCAAAAAUAAGUUACAAGACACUUGAAAGCUUGACUUUACGUCCAAAGAAGUCUGCAAAUGUGAUCAUCACUGAUCGUUAUGCUAUAUACUUUAAGAAAACUGUUGCUAUCCAAGAUGAGCCUAGAAGAGAACCAAAGGCACCCAAGGAUUUUGCUGAUAUAGUUGACGAUACAGAAUUUGGAAUGUCUCAAAAGCUAAAGUUCAAAACGUAUAUCAACAAGCAAAAAGGAACUCAAGAAAUUGUUAAAAGACUCUUUGACAACAGCAAGAAGUAUGGCACAUCAAGCACCGUUGGCGCUAAAAGCCAAAUCCUAGUCAAAAGCAAACACAUACCUCUACCUCCUGCUGACCUCCCUUCUUCCUCUCAACGGAAGCGAAUCAUUGCGUUUGAAAAUGGCUCUUUUGGCUCAAGUAUGAAAGGAAAACGGGCUGCACCUAUUAGACGUAUUACUGAAGAAAUCAAACGAAAAUGA